CACAGUCUUGCAGCUCCACUCUAACGGCGUGUGUUGGAGGGGAAGGGUGAAGUAGCGCAGCACCACAGUCUUAUUAAAGAACAAACAUCCUAAUCAACAGCGUUCUCAGACAUAGUAGAGAGGAUUCCCACGAAAAACGCCCCGACAUAUGCAGGAGCCGUGAGUUCAAGUGCUAGAAGGUGUCGGUGACCGUUGAUUAGCGGCUGCGCUAGCUGUUGUGCUAACACCUCGUUUACAUCCACCGUCAUCAGACAGCAUCACUCCAGCUCCAGUCUCACCUCUUACGACACUCGUGCGAGCUUCCCUCGCACACUAGGCAGCCGUCAUUGAGUUACUAACGUGUCCCGCUGGAAAGGGUGUCGGAGCUGAACCCUUCCCCGUGGCUCCUGUGCUCCCCCCGUCACCUUUGCCCCCACUCCCACCCGAAACACUGGACACACACAAGCUGCCGGAGAACGGCGAGAGGCCCGUGAAGCUGGGGGUGGUACCGGACUCGCACGCUGUCGGAGCGCCCAAAGAGAGGCACAGUCGUGGGGACACGCCGACGAACAUGGACGGGCUGGCGGUGGAGGUCCGCGGCUCAAACGGGGCCUUUUACAAGGGUUUCAUCAAGGAUGUACAUGAAGACUCCCUCACAAUAGUCUUUGAAAACAACUGGCAACCAGAGAGACAGCUGCCGUUCAGUGACGUGAGGUUGCCACCCCCAACCGAUUACCAAAAGGACAUUUGUGAGGGAGAUGAAGUGGAGGUUUACUCCAGAGCCAACGAUCAGGAGCCCUGCGGCUGGUGGAUGGCGAGGGUGAGGAUGAUGAAGGGAGAGUUCUAUGUGAUCGAAUACGCAGCCUGUGAUGCCACAUACAACGAAAUUGUCACAUCGGAACGAAUCCGGCCAGUCAAUCCCAACAUCCCCUCCUCUGAAAACACCUUUUACAAAGUCCCCAUCACUGUACCCGAGGACCUCAGAGACAUCUGUUUGACUGAGAACAUCCACAAAGACUUCAGGAAAGCAAUCGGAGCCAACUGCAUCUUCUACAGCACCUUUACACACCAACUUAUAGUCCUGUCCACAAAUGAGUGCACGGUGAAACGAGCAGCACUACUGAGUGACAUGCACUUCCGGAGUAUUCGCACCAAACUCAUGCUCAUGUCCCGUAACGAGGAGGCCACUAAACACUUAGAGACAAGUAAACAGCUGGCGUCUGCGUAUCAGGAAGAAGUGAAGGUGCGUGAGGAUCUAAUGGGUCUCGCCAUCGGUUCUCACGGUGCCAACAUCCAGCAGGCCCGCAAAGUUCCCGGCAUCACUGCCAUUGAGCUGGAAGAAGAGAGCUGCACAUUUAGGAUCUACGGAGAGACCCCAGAGGCUGUGAAGCAGGCCAGGACCUAUCUGGAGUUUAAGGAGGAUUCCUUCCAGGUUCCAAGGAACCUUGUAGGCAAAGUCAUUGGCAAAAAUGGCAAAAUUAUCCAAGAAAUAGUAGACAAAUCGGGUGUGGUUCGAGUCCGGAUCGAAGGGGACAAUGAUAAAAAGCUGCCCAGGGAGGAGGUAGGCAGGCAGGGGGCUGGCAGAGACAACACUGUCAGCAGCCAAGAGGGAAUGGUUCCCUUUAUCUUUGUUGGAACCAAAGACAACAUCAGUAACGCCCAGGCCUUGCUCGAGUACCAUGUGGCCUACCUUCAGGAAGUGGAGCAGUUGCGUCUCGAGCGCUUACAGAUCGAUGAACAGCUCCGUCAGAUUGGGGUGGGAUAUCGUGCACCCCCGAGCCGCUCUGGUUCAGGGGUCGCCGGCGAGCGUGAACGGGGUUACCUCACGGACGAGAGCACCAACUCCCUGCAGACCUCACGCACCUAUGGAGGAAGAGGACGUGGACGCAAAACGAACAAUACAUACUCUGGCUAUGGGACAAACUCUGAAAUGUCAAAUGCAUCAGAGACAGAGGAGAUAGGAGAGCGGGAGCCCAGGCCAAAAGGUGUUGGAGGAGAUGACAGGGGUUCCAAGCGUGGAGGUCGUGGCCGUGGCUCCAGCACUGGUAGGGGCCGGGGAGGACCAGGGCCUCGAAACACUAACACUAUCAGCUCAGUUCUCCGAGAUCCAGACAGUAACCCGUACUCUCUGCUGGAGGGAGAAGGUGAAAUAGGUGGUGAUACAGAUGCCAGUGAGAGCAUGGGUGGCACUGACCGCAGGAGACGUUCACGUCGCCGUCGUAAUGACCAGGAACCCAGCCUCAUGGAUGCAGCCGCUAAUGAAUCAGACGGACAGGCAGCCGCCAGUGAGAAUGGACUGGACGAGGAGGGCAGGCCCCAGCGCCGCAAUAGAAGCCGCCGCCGUCGAAACCGUGGCAAUCGUCCUGAGGGAGGCUCCACCAGCCGUGACAGACAGCCAAUUACUGUUGCUGACUUCAUCUCUCGUGCCGAUUCCCAGAGCAGACAGAAUCUCCCGGGGAAGGAGGAGGUGACACAGAACACGUCCCACCCCAAGGAAAAUGGGACUAGCGUUAGUAAGGAAGAGCGCACUCCUUCCAAGCGCUCCCCUAGCAAUGGCGUGGCAUCGCCUGGGGAGGCUCUAGCCAUGGUUAAUGGCGUCUCCUAAAAAGUCAUCUCGCCCCCUCAAGACCCACGUCUAAAGCAAGACACCAUGGCGAAAUCUGUCCCUGCUUGCAUUCACGUAAACCUUUAAACUGACGAAUGAAAUCGACUAAAAUCCUUGAAUUCAUACAAGUCUAUGAGAAGAAAAUUAUACAAAAAAAAUGACGAACGCAUCUACUUUAAACCACACGUAACGGUGUAUGUUUAUCCUAUCUAUCAGUACUUAGUGCUUAUGUAAGACAAGCUUGCCAGAAAUGAGCUGAUGGAUAUGACUCAAAUUUCUGACGUAACACAGAAAACAGGACGUGACUUUUUGGGUUUUACUUUAAUUUUUAUUUUUUAUUUUUUGCAAUUGUCGUUGCUGUCAUUGUUUGUUUUUGAUUGUUUGUACUCACUGGUGUGGGACUGUGAAACACUCCCAAACAGACGCAUCUCUUAAACAGUGUUAGCUAAACGAGGGUGGGGCUGGUGGAGAGGCGAAGGGUUGAAACCGAGCCUCCCGCGAGCGAGUCUGUGGUACUCUGAAUUUAAGGGCAAAAAGGGGAAACCGAGAGACAUUGUGCCUUGAAUUUGAAAAAACUUGAGUAUUUUCUUUUCCUUUCUUUUCUUUUUUUUUCUCCUUAAUAUUUGCGUUGUUCAUGAGAUGAAGUAGAUGGUUCCUGUUUUUAGUUUGUCGGGAGAAAUGACAGGAAUAUGCAGAAUAGGAGGGGUUAAGAUUGGGGGAAAAGACCGAUAAUGCCAAACAUGAAAUUAGGACGUUUGUCCAAAUUGAAGUCAUUAUGUGAAAGGCGUUUAAUCUCCGUGUGUUUGUACGAGUGUGUGUCUGUUUGUAUAUGUAUUAUUGUGAGUAAUGCAGUAAGAGCAUAUAAACUGGGAGGAACGUUACAUGAUUCAAGAGACAACCCAGAAGAAUCCUGAAUGGAUUCAGUCUCUUCAGUUAAAAUGGGCGAAAAGUGGCACGAGUGGCAACAGACUUUCCAAAACAGAACUAAAGAGAGAGGUUGUUGAACUGACAGGUUCAGAGUGUUGAUUCAGUACUUCAGCAUCUCUUUCCUCACCGUUUAUUGAAGGAAGGCGGGAUGAGUAUGAGCGUGGAAAGAGUCGCGCACACACUCAAUAGCUUCCAACCCACAACUAAAAGAACGGCACGAGGGGAUUGGUGACCCUCUGGUGUGGAUGGAUGGUCUAGAUGAUCUAGAAGGCACUAUGGGAACAGUUAAACCAUAUUAAGAUAAAGCCAGAAACACUGAGACCGAUAGAUUCGUUCACACAUGCAUUCUAAUACUCUCCAGUUUUGUCAAAUGGGGUUUUGGCCUCUUCUGUCUUAGCUGGGAGAUCUGAAGCUGUGGCAGAGAAGGUGAUGGAGCGUUUGUUGUAUCCCUGGUUGUUGAGGUUAAAGGGAGGUAGCGUUCCCUCACAUUGUUACUGUCAUCUUUGGUUCCUGCUCUAAAUUUAUCUUUUUCUUUUUUUUUUUUUUUCUUUCCACAUCAAAACAAAAAAGAUUCAAAUGGAAGUGAAAUAAAUUAUUUCUGGAAUGA